AUGGCAUCACAAAUUGAACCCGGUACGGCACAUACUUCAAAUUCCAAGCAAGAUAAUAACCAAUUAACUUGCCGUAAUAUGCAACGCCGAAUUGAAUACAGACUGAAACAAGAAACUGCACAACUGAGAUUACAGUUAAACACAUUGACUAAAGGUUUCAAAAGUCUUCAGAAAAAAACGAAUAUGAUGCAGGCAGAUUACGAAAAUUUAUUAACUAGAUUAAUCACGACAGAUGAAACAAAGGACACAAUAUACGCGAGAAUUAGAAGAGAAAACACCGAUGAAAGAAGUAACAGAGUUCAUAAAUAA